AUGGUGGCGUCGAGAACGCUACCACGGCCUGGGCCGGGUGGGCCUACGGCGGGACAACCGCUGAGCAUACAGACGACGACGACGGUGCCGGCGCAGGGAGUGGGGUACCGGUGCGAUUUUCCGGGCUGUAACAGUGCGCCGUUUCAGACGCAGUAUUUGUUGAACUCCCACGCGAACGUCCAUUCGCAAUCCCGCCCGCACUACUGCCCCGUGCCUGGUUGCUCGCGCGCCGUGGGUGGCAAGGGAUUCAAGCGCAAGAACGAGAUGAUCCGGCAUGGCCUUGUGCACGAUUCGCCGGGCUAUGUGUGCCCGUUUUGCAACGAUCGCGAGCAUCGAUAUCCGAGGCCUGAUAAUCUGCAGCGACAUGUUCGUGUCCAUCACGUCGAUAAGGAUAAGGAUGAUCCGGCGUUGAGGGAGGUGCUGGCUCAGAGGCCCGAGGGUGGGACGAGGGGGCGGAGGAGAAGGGUACGUUUCUAG